AUGCAGACAACCGAGGCCAUCACUGAUGAAGAAACGGAAAACACUGAAAGUUCCACCGAGAAGGAAGACCGUCUCAAAAGCGACGUGGAAUUAUGGAAGAGAGUGGAGUUCUUGGAACGAUACAUUCUGUCUCUGGAAAAAACCGCCUCGCCCAGCGCGGAGCCAGCGAUCGCCGGAGGGACCAGAACCGCCGCGAGCCCGGAGCAUCGACUCGACGCGCCUUCGGGACAAGGUCCGUCGGUUCAUCCGAAGUUCGACUGCGGGAUGGCACGGAGGUCGGGGAUACGGAAACUACUAUGGAUCCUCAUAUUAUGUACGGGACUCUCACUCACCAUCAUUCAGGCGAAUGGGUUGAUACAGUACUUCAGGAGCAAUCCAACGGCCCAGAAUAUACGGAUCGAGACCCGGAGCAGCGUCGAGUUUCCUGAGGUCACGGUGUGUCCCGGAAUCGCGUGGAACUUCACUGCGCUCAAGGUCCUCAACGAGACCUGGAUUACAGCUUACAAAUCCAUUUGGAGUGGCUUGUUUCAGAAACUGCUUAACAUUAGUGUCUUGGAAGCACUGAAUUCGUUCACCUUAACGGACUUUCCUAAAAUCGUGGCUACCUGCACGAUAUAUCCCCAUCCAUACAAAUCGUCUUCUUGCUCACCUCGGCACGGCUGGACUUGGAUCGACGGCAGCCGUGUCUACGAAACCGACGCGGGGUAUUGGAGAGAGUCGCCGAUCGUGAAUUGGCAUGGCUCGGAUUCGCCCCUCAAAUUUUGCUACACUCUCCACGUUAAAUCAGAGCUCCGGAUGCCGCUUUCUUCCAUUUCCCCCGUCAUGGAACUUGGUCUGAGUUUCAAAGACUCCGUUAAUGAAUUCGAUCAUUUCAAUAAAUUCGAUAAAUCGGGCAAUCCAUAUUACCAGAUUCGCAUAGACUCUUCGCAGGAACCGUUCACAGCAGUGAGGAACAUCACGUUAUCGGGGCAGAUCUUCUUCCUCUUGGACGGGAAGAGUUACAUGCUGAGUCUGUGCAUGAAGUAUUAUAAUUUCCUGCCAUCAGGCAAUAAGUGCAAUGCGGAUGAGAACUACGACUACAAGAAGUGCGUGGAAACGGCAAUUGCGGAAAGGUUAAUGAAGAAAGCCCCAUGCGUCAAGUCGUCGGUGUUGCCGAUGAAAGACGACCAGGCGGCAACGAUGCGCCAGUGCAACACCUCUCAAGACGAAAGAGACUUGAUAAACUACUACCAUGGAGUGCAGAAGCAUUUCGAUCCUGGAUGCAAGAGGAAAUGCAAGAGGACGACUUAUAACGCGAUCCAACUCGACGAUCCAGAUUUUCCUUACGAUCCGCAUUACGGCGUGAUCAAGUUGAACACUCCCAAAGCGGAAGUGAGUUACUCGCCUUGA